CUGAGAGCAUUAAGGUGUGGUUUGGUUUGGGAAGUAUAAACUGCUGGUGAUUUCAGUCUUGCUCUCUCUUGCUUCCAGGUUUGUCCUGAGAGGAUGGUCCGGAUCUCACUGCGCGCUACUCCGAGGCUCUGCUUCCCUAUUUUGCCACAGCUGUGGCCCACCAUCCUGCCCCCUCCAGCCACGUUCAAUGCGGUGGACUACGGGGACAACAGGCAGUUCAGGCGCUUUGAGCCGAAAGUAUGAAGGGUAAAGCGAGCAGAAGGAGCUGGAGCACUGGGGACCCACAGGAGCACUGACAAUUUCCAAACCUGCCUUCGGAACCUGCUCCACCUCUACAGCCUGAGUCAGGGCGAUACACAAGUUUCACUUUCAAGUCCGAUCCGUUUCCUCUUUCACACACAAAUGAUGCACUCUCGUUUCUAUUGGACACCGAGUUUCUACAGAAACCAGUCAGUGACACAGAGGUUAUACAAGUAAAACACAUUACAGGAAUCGCAUCUACACCCUUCACAGGCCCCAGUACUGAGGACGAUGUCUUCUGCUUCCCUGUUCAAGCUGUUGGUGAGCGCCGUAGUCCUGUUCCAGACGCAGGCUAGCUCGCACUCCCUGCGGUAUUUCUACACCGCCGUGUCCCGGCCCGACCUCGGGGAGCCCCGGUUCAUCGCUGUCGGCUACGUGGACGACACGCAGUUCGUGCGCUUCGACAGCGACGCGGAGACUCCAAGGAUGGAGCCGCGGGCGCAGUGGAUGGAGCAGGAGGGGCUGGAGUAUUGGGAGGAGGAGACACGGAAAGCCAGGAACACAGGAAAGCACUUCAAACUGAAUCUCCAGACCCUGCGUGGCUACUACAAUCAGAGUGACGACGAACCUCACACUCUGCAGUGGAUGUAUGGCUGUGACAUGGGUCCAGAGGGACUCCUGCUCCGCGGGUACUGUCAGGAGGCCUACGAUGGCCGGGAUUAUAUCUCUCUGAACGAGGACCUGAAAUCCUGGACCGCAACUGACGCAGCCUCUCAGAUCUCUAAGCACAAGUCAGAGAACGUGGACGAGGCCGACCACCAGAGGGCAUACCUGCAGGGCGCCUGCAUAGACUGGCUCCAUAGAUACCUGCAGCUGGGGAACGCGACCCUACUGCGCUCAGGUACUGGGAGACCCACCCUCGCUUUUCCUCGGUAGUGUGGGGGAAAGACUCUGGGCAUCGUCAGAGGAAGAACACUGUCCAGCAAACACCGGGCUGAGGAAUAAGGACUCCAGGCUGCUUUUCCCGUUGGGAGACUAACCCUUUUACAGCAGGUCAGCCUUGACGAUGGCCCUGGACCACAGGAGCUUUUCCUCUCAGGCCUCCUUCUGUGCCCCACCCUCGGUGUCUCUGGAAUCUGACUCCAGCUCUCCUGAGUCUCCUGGCCCUCACUCAGCUCAGGACCAGAAUCCCUUCCCCUCCAUCAGUCUGCAGAGCCCUGAAGCCUCCCACCCCAAACUGCCACUCACAUCUUAGAGCAUCCUGAAGAGCACAUGACCCCGGGGCCUGAGCUCUAGCUGGGGUCUACUAAUAUCAGGACACCCUAAUCCCACCCCAGUUCCCCUGUCCAUUCCCAGAAUGGCCACAUGAACACUGCUGAGUCCCCAGAAUAAAGCAAGAUGUCUCAUCUUUCCAACUCUUUCCCUCAGAACCCCCAAAGGCACAUGUGACCCAUCAUCCUGGGUCUAA